AUGCCGCAGACGGAUCGGCGAAGGUCGGUAUUGAACGAGCGGCCACUGCCCAACGAGCAGAUUUUCCAUCCAACCUCGCGAUACCCCGCACCUCUACCGACCCAGGCCAGAGCGGCAAUGGGUUAUCCUUCUGCGGCCCAGUCGAGUUUCUCAUGCUCGGGUGCGCGCGCGCCACAGGAGGCUCCGCAGCAAACCAACCGACUAACACCGACCUCAGGAAACUCGCCGCUCGAUCGCGAACAGGGAACCGCAAAUACGAAAAUGACGCAGCAUAGCAUGAACAUUCCGGAGCGCAUCAGUCCCAAAGGGGGAAGCAUAUCCGAUUUCAUGGCCGACGUAGCGGCGCUGUUCUGGUUUGAAUCGACGAGGGUGCUGGAGAAGGUGGAGAAAAGACCGACCCCCACACCUGUUCAACCGCUCUCACCCUCCGCGACCGCCAGCCAUCAUUUUAGGAAAUGGGUUUCGAGCGUGUUGAGCACGACCCAAGUCACGCAGAAUGUCGUGAUACUGGCUCUUCUCUACAUCUACCGGCUCAAGAAAGCGAACCCGACGGUCAGGGGCCGAGCAGGGAGCGAAUAUAGGCUGCUCACGGUGGCGCUCAUGCUGGGCAACAAGUUCUUGGAUGAUAACACCUACACGAACAAGACCUGGGCUGAUGUGUCGGGCAUCUCCGUCAACGAAAUUCACGUCAUGGAAGUUGAGUUUCUCAGCAACAUGCGGUACAGCCUUUUGGUCUCAGCCGACGAGUGGGAAGCUUGGCUCAACAAGCUGGCGAGGUUUUGGUCCUUCCUAGAGCUAGCGCAGCGGGCUAUGUCGCCCUCACCAUCGCCGCUAGUCAUCCCGUCCCCUACACGCCACAAUUUCGUCUCGCCCCUGCACUCUCCCACUGUGCCACUAACGCCGGGCGUGCAGUCGGCAUCGCAUUCGUUCAGCUUCCACUCGCCUAACCUAGGUCCCCUAGCCAACGGCACUCAGAAUUGGUCGGCCUCCUACGAUGCCAGCAACGCGCCAUCUCCGUUGGCGCUGAAGCCAGACCCAGCCCUCCUUCGCAAACGGAGGUUUCCGGAGGAAGAUGCCGCCGAGCCGCCGGCCAAGCGGAUGAGCUAUGCUCCGAUCGGGCAAGGGAAUCCAGUCGGUCAGCUUCCAUCACAGGCGGCACCUCAGCACGCUUCGCCUGCUUCCCAACCGCACCUUGAUGCCCUUGUGCCGUCGCGGCCCGCGCCCGGCCCCGACCACAGUCGCCUAGCAGUGCCAAGUUUGACGCUCAACACAGCCCAGCCCGCCGAAGUUCCCGUCACGCAAGCUCAGUCUUAUGGAGCCGCUGGGUACGCGCCUGUACCGCUAUCGCUACCCCCGAUCGUUUCUGCUCCUCGGGCGAUGUCAGUGGUGUUCCCCACCUCCACCUCCGCCUACACCACCUCCACGUAUGCUGCUUCGCAGCCUAUUCAGGCGACGUGCGUGACGGUGACGCCCACCACAACCUUUCCCCCAAUGAGCUACGGGACUCCGACGAAGCGUCUCUCUCCACAGAAUACUAUGGCGCCGUACCCCAACUCUUCACCGCUCAUCAUGGGCACCCCGAUGGGCAACUCGGGCACAACAAGCGGCUUACACACGCCCAUCUCCCACUCGCCCUCAAUUUACCUGCAGCAGCGCAACAGCCCGUAUAAGCCAGUGAGGCACGUCAACACGCUCCUUUACCCGCCGCCCUCCGCCUUUCUUCAGCAGUACCACCUGCCGAACCCGGUGCUACCCAACCAGAUGCACUACCAACCCCUCGGAAAGCGGAAUGAGUACCGGACGGGCAUUGUCCCGGAGUACUCUGGCGCGCCGGUGCCGUAUCACCAAGCUGUCACGCAGCUGCUGCCGAAUCCGCAUGCCCAGGCGCAUCAGCCGAGAUCCCAAUAUCAGCAGCGGACUGCGCCCUCCUAUUCCGCGCAGUAUUAA